UUUAUUAAAUUUUCGCACACAAUGCAUAUAAAUUACAUAAAUCCAUAAAUUCAAAGAAGUGCUGCCUUAAUUACAAUUUUCAACAGGCUCCCCAACCAUUUAUUACAUUAUCUCUAAUUCAACCCAAUGCCAAUGUCAAGGCAACAAAUUGUUGUAAGUACAAAUUGAUGACGUAAAUUAUAAACGAUUGCUUGGGCUGUAAGCAGCGCUAGGUUGGGUGCUAUAUGUAAUUAUUUUUGACGAAUUUGCUUUGUGUUGUUUUUCGUAUUUAACAAUAACCGCUUGUCAACUGGCCAACUGGCGAUGACGGUGGCUCAAAAGCGUCGCAGCCAAAACGAAAACGAAAACAAUAACAAUGAGCCCAAAGCUACGAAACUGUGGUAAUGCCAAUGAGGGCGUUAGAUAUAUAAAUAAACAGACGACACUUAAUGAGCCAGAGUGCUACCCAGUUUACAUCCGCAUAACAAGAACUUGUUCUUGGAUAUCACUUGCUCCACAAUUUUUGGACUAUAAAUGGCGCAAGUUUGCUAUGAAGCAGCAUCAGUCAACGCACUACCAGCAAACAACAAGUUCGUCUUACAAACCACAAAAACCAAUCAAAACAAAAUGAAAUUCCUCAUCUGCUUGGCUCUCUUCAUUGCCGCCGCUCAGGCUCAUGUUGUCGCUCCAGUUGCCACAUAUGCCGCAGCUCCAGCUCUGACCUAUGCCGCUUCUCCCGCUCUGACUUAUGCUGCUGCUCCCAGUGUUUACUCCGCUUACGCUCCCAGCGUCUACUCCGCUGCCAUUCCUCGUGCUGCCUACACCAGCUAUGCGGCGCCUUCGGUCUACUCCGCUGCCUAUGCGCCUUCGGUUUACUCCGCAUAUGCUGCUCCAGCUGUAAGCACCUAUGCUGCCCCAGCUGUGGUCUCCACCCUGCUGAAGAAGUAAAUUACACCACAACGACCAUCAAACAAUUUGAAUUCCUUAACGUUUAAUUAGCA